GCUGGUUGCACCGAGCUCGACACCAUCGAGUUCGGCAACCCCCUCGAUUCCUGGAAGCGGGACCGUGGUUUCAGCGAGUCCUCUCUCGAGUUCCUGGGCUCCGCGGGCUGCGUCUUCACGUGUGAUUGCACUACCGAGGAUGGGAGCGUCUGCGGUGCUAAGUUCCUCGCACAUGCUGCGCUCAUCGCGCGCAAGGUCGACUCCUUCGCCGACUUGGCUCAGCUCCAGUUGCAUAUCUGCGAGCUGCGUCUCCCUUUCGUGCCGGAGCGCGCC